AUGACGAAGGUUACAGACUAUGUCGGUAACUGGGGCGUUUACCAAACGUAUGUGUACGUGUUGCUUUUCAUACCGACGUUUCUGGAUGGCAGCCAGAGUCUGAUCUCGGCGUUCAUCUACGCCAUCCCAAAUACCAGAUGCUUCGUUCCCGGUGUGGACAGCUGGGACAACGAAUCUUACGAGCUUCCGCUCAACCUUAGCCAUCGUUUGUAUUUGGCACCGAUGAAGGUGGCCGGCAAGGACUCCUACUGCUAUUACUGUCCGAACGUGACCGAUGGCGUGUGCACUAAGGAUCGUGCGAUGCUAUGCAAUCACGGAUUUGUUUACGACAGGUCGCAGUACACCAGCACCCUCUUGAAUUUGGUGUGCCAAUACGCGUACAUGAGAGACCUCCUGAGGGCGCUAUAUAUGGUUGGUGUUCUGGUUGGCGGUUUGGUCCUUGGCACGAUUUCGGACAAGUAUCAUGAGAUUUCAUGCAAUGCUCAGCUUCUAAUGUUGCAGAACACCGCACAUGAUUCGCCUUAUAGAUAUGGUCGCAAAACUACAUUGAUCAUCACCGGACUCAUGCAACUGGUCAUUGCAAACAGCAUGCCUUUCUGCCAGAACUACUAUCUUUUCGCUCUACUGCGAACUCUAAUGGGCGUGCUUGGAGUUGGUACCUUUCUUUGCGGAUUUAUAAUAGAGGCUGCGUAUUCCAAGGCUCUUCCGGAUGUCUGUAUUCCGGGCCAUGUCCAGACGCGUAAGGCCAGCGACUCGUGUAAGAAAGCCCAUUUCAGCAGCUUGUACCCGGGUUCGAAGCUUUUUAGUGAUGGUCCACGAUUCAUGACCGUAGCUAUGGAACUGGCGGAAGGUAACGCAUGCAUCGUGGCCGGUAUAGGGAUGCAAAUGUUUUGGUCCGUUGGUGCGCUGUAUUUGGGACUAAUCGCCUAUCUUUGCAGAGACUGGAGAUGGGUUCAGUGGGCGUGCUCAAUUCCUAUGGUCAUAUAUAUCAUUUUCAUAUGGGUACUGCCGGAAUCGUUCAGGUGGUUAGUUGCGAUGGGCAAGACGGAGAAAGCCAGGAAGCUUAUGCGUACUAUAGUGAAAGUAAAUCGUGUCCAUAUUCCGAACGCUGCGAUCGAAGAUAUUCUGAGUGAAUGCACUCCUGAACAUUCGUCUACCAGCGUGCUGGAAGUGUUUAAGCACCGGACAUUGUUCAUAAUGACCAUGGCAAUGGCGCUUAGCUGGGCGGCCACUACCAUGGCCUACUACGGUCUAGCACUAAACACUAGCGACUUGCCCGGAGACGACUACAUAAAUUUUGCCAUAGCCAGCGUUGUUGAUAUACCUAGUUAUAUCCUAGCCAUUGUGCUAUUUGCAUAUGUCGGUCGCAAGUAUUCACUGAUUGCGAUGUACCUUCUGGGAGGAAUAUUCUGUAUCUUAAGCGGAGUCAUGGGCAACAGUGUUGCAAACCUCGCCUGCGGUGUGAUAGGAAAAUUUUUCAUAUCCGCCUCAUUUGCCAUGAUCUACAACUAUACAAGCGAGAUA